UACAGAAAGUGACAGUGAUGAAAAAUGAGUUUUUUACAAGAAAUAAUUAAAAACAAACAAAAACUGAAAAAGACAGAAACUGUAGUGACAAAAGUAGAUGGAAAAAGAUAUAUUGAGGGUAGACAAGAAAGUAUUGCAUUACCGAGCAAUUACGGUUUCAUAGUGGACACAAAACCUGAUGAUGUACCGGUUUUAAUUGCUGAUUAUGUAUACAUAGGCUCACAGGAUUGUGUUGCAGAUAAAGUGUUAAAAAGUUACAAUAUAACUAAUGUACUUAGUCUAGGUAUUGAUGUAGAUUUAAGUGAAGUUAAGCAUAAAUAUGUUGAAUGCUUAGAUUUACCAGAAACGGAUAUAGUGCCUGUAGUUAAAAAGUCUUUGCCUUAUAUCUAUGACUCUGUAGCCAAUAAGGAAAAUAUUUUGAUUCAUUGCAACGCUGGUGUAUCUCGCACUUCUAUGGUUGCAAUAGCAUACUUAAUGUCUCUGGGAAUGGAAUACGACGAUGCGUAUCGUUUAGUAAAAUCUAAAAGACCCGCUAUACAGCCCAAUAUCGGAUUUACUAAACAAUUGAAAGCUAUAAAUAUUUCACAAAUGUCAAAUUUGUGAUAUAAUCAAAGUUCUAGUCAAAAUUUACCUACAAACAAGCAAGGCUUAAACAACCUGCGAUGUAUGAUAUAUGUUUGAUGACCCUGUAUAAGAAAAAUCUUUUUUACGUUGUCAAAAACUAACAUGAUUUGUAGAAAACAAUGGCGCUAGUGUGCUAAUCAAAAACUCUUGAUAAUAUUAUAAAUGCGAAUUGUUAGAUAGACGAAUGUUUGUAUGAAUUUCCAUAAUGGCUGAAC